AAUCACUUACAUCCCCAACAUCUUCCACACUGUACAGACUCAAAAUCCAUCAGAUCGUACACAACACAUACAGGGACAGCCGACAUGCUCUCUUGCUUCCCACCACCUUAACCAGCGUCUAAUAAAACUGCCGCGGCAUCCUCCUGCCUCCCCCCCCUAAUGGGUAGCGCAGAAGAAGCCAACAAACCUACUUCACCAUAUGAUUCCUCUUCGCCAUCCCAACCUCUGCUCUUCAAACCUCCUUCAACUGAAGAGCCAAACCAACCUGACCAACCUGAAUCUGACCCUACUCAGUACCUCCAGAUCUCUUACAAUUAUGGUCCUAGACCGUUCAAGGACCUUCCUUUUCUAAUCCUUUUUGUUCUUGUUGUUCUAUGUACUUUUGGGUUUGGUAUCUUCUGUGUUUUUCACAAGAAUCCCAAUUACUCUAAUCUAUCUUCAUAUAAAUAUGACUUGAAUUCUACUUCUUGUGUAAAAGGUUCAAACUUUAACGGGUUUGAUGAGUCAAGAUUUGAUUUUUAUGUUUUGAGUUCAUCAGGUUCAGGUUUUUUGAAGUCUUUGAUAUGGACCCUUGUAGUUUCUUUGAUUUUGAGUGUGCCCAUUUGUUUUCUUCUGCUACUUUUGCUUAAACAUUACACUAAACAAAUUGUCUAUGUGUCACUUCCUUUCUUUAUUGUUAUACCUAUCUUCUUUAACGUGUACUGGUUUGUUGCUUGUACGGUUAGUUCUUCUUGUACUGAUGCAUUCCCUCUAGUCUAUAGGAUUUUGGUCUUUGUUUUUGUGUUCUUGAUUAUUGGGAUCAUUGUGUGGAUUUUUGUGGCUAAUUGGCAUAGAAUUGAGUUAACAGUCAUGAUAAUUGGAGUUGCCUCUGAUGCUUUGUCAAAGAAUCUGGGUUUGUUUGUGGUGAUCCCAUUGUUAACACUUGGAUUAGUGGCGUAUUAUGUGCCUAUCGUGGUAUUUUUAGUGUUUGGGAGAUUGAAUGGGAAAAUUGUGCCUAAGGAAUCAAAUGGAGAAUAUAGGUGUGCUUGGAAGCAAGAUAGUUGGGUGCCAGCGUACUACACUCUGGCAAUUCUUACAAUGUUGUGGUCUUUGACUGUGUUGGUUGAAGCUCAGGUUUAUGUCAUAAGUGGAACUAUUGCUCAGUGGUACUUCACAGGGGAGGACUCGAAACCUAUAAGGAGUAUAAGAAGUUCUUUGAGAAAUGCCUUUGGUCCUUCCUCUGGCACUGUAUGUUUAUCUGGAUUGCUUAUUUGUGUUGUUCGCUUUGUGCGUGCUGUGGUCGAUAGUGCAAGACAGGAGGAUAUUCCUGGGAUGGUGAACUUUGUCUUGCGGUGUUGUGUCAACGCAUUACUUUCAGCAGUAGAUUUUCUUAAUAAGUUCACAAUCAACUUUGCAGCCAUUACCGGUGAAGCCUACUGCACCUCUGCGAGGAUGACAUAUGAGCUGUUAAAACGUAAUCUGCUCUCUGCUGUUUUUGUUGAGACUGUUUCCACUCGUUUGUUGGCUGGAAUUGCAUUCAUACUUUCAUCAAUAUAUGCAAUUGUGGUCUGUGCUAUCCUGAAAGGUGCAAGCAAUAUUGGGUUUUAUUCAUAUGUUGUAGCUGUUCUUGCAUGGGUGCUACUGAUUAUCGUGCUGGGUUCCUUCGUUCAUGUUCUGGACAAUGUGAUCGAAACCGUUUACAUAUGCUAUGCCGUAGAUAGGGACAGAGGGGAGGUUUACAAACCAGAGGUUCAUGAGGUUUAUGCUCUCCUAACUAGUAGUAGAAAUCAUAGAUCACCUACGGCUCCCACUGCUCCUCUUGUAUAAUCAAAAUAUCAUUUGUCUAAAUUUUGUAUUAUCGUUGGCUAUCUAAAUUUUGUAUUAUAGCUGUUAGUUGGCAGAUUGAGCAUAACUUGCAUUGGUUAUGAACUUUAUUUAAUAAAGAGCAGGAUUUUCAGGCAA